AUGUCCAGGCAUCGAGAGAAUGUUCCCUACAAGAUUGUGCGCUGCAGAUAUUACGACGCUGAUGGAAGAAGCAUCUACCCGUAUUGUGCAGACGGUGGCGCGUGCAGGUUUAUUCAUCCAUAUGAUAAAAACUGGCCUGGUUUAGAUCCGAAACCCCUAGACUCAUCAUGGUCACAUCCUUCGCCCUCUUUCUUGAGGAAACGCAUGCGCUCUUCACCUGAUCGUUCCCCGCCCCCCAGGAUUCGUUCUCCUUACGAAAUGUUUCGGGGCCGCUCUCCACCACCGAAGCGAUUCAAGGACGAAUAUUUGAUCACUAGGAAGGAGAGGGGAUAUGAAGAUUCUCGUGAUCGCUCUCCAGGACACAGCGACAUGAGAGAUGAUCCUCCUGUCACCGGAUCCAACGGUAUUCCUCCUGGGCCCAGCAAGCUAUGGGCUACCGGACAUGACGUUCCACCACCGAAGAAUAGAGGAAACGCAGAGAAACCCACGGAACCUUUAAUUGUGCCGCCUGAGCCUGUUGAAUCCGACGGUAUGAGUAAGGAUCUCUCGUUUCCAAUGGAAGAGACUGUGCAGGACCGAAUUCGAGCCGCUUGGUCCAAGGCAGACGCCUUACCCCAUACUGAAAGCUCAAUGACUGUGACGACACUUAUAAGCGAAUUGACGAAGGUGCACGUUCGACUGAUCGAUGCUAAAAAGACAUAUGACGACGAAUCGCUCAAGUUGGAAGCUUUUGAAUCCCUUGCAGCAAGAUUUGACCUGCCACGGGCCCUCGCCGCUUCUGUGGGUCAACCCGCACAUGGUGCUCCACCCCUCGAACAUCCCACCGUCCAGCUCUCUCCGACCAAAUCUAUAGAUCCAAGGAAGCGACCACAGCGUUCGGCUUCUCAAGUGGGCGAAACCUCUGAGGAUACGUUAGUGCCAGAAGCGACGGAUAUAAACGGCCAAGGCGUCGUCGAUGGGCCGCAACUCGCUCAUCACGCACUAUUAGAGACUCUUCACACAAUUCGUACGAGAAGGCUGGCGUUGGAGAAGAGGAUCCAUGGCGACUUUGAAGAAAUGGCCUCCAUUUUGCAAAAGAUUUGGGUUGGAACGUUGACUACAAAGAUCAAUGCGUCCAACACCAAGUUUGGAUCUGCAUCUCAUGACAAGGAGAAUGGUCAACCCGGUGUGGGCACACGCGAGCCAGAUGCUGCCGCAACUGGGACUCAACCAGAGGGGUCUUCGGGUUCUAAAUUGUCGAGCACAAAGCACGCGACAGAAAAGGAAACCCGAAAGUCGUCGCGCAAGGUCGAAUUCGAGGACGAAAUGGGAAAGAGUCACCGAGAAAAGCACACCCUGCGUACACUCGAAGACAAAGUCAGCAGUCUUGAAAGGAAGCUGUCGCGUUUCCAUGCUGCCGAGAAAGAAUUGAUGAAGUUGAAGGCAGAGCUUAAGUCACAGAAAGAAGAGAUGAAUUUGAUGAGAUCGACGCUCGAUGUUCAGGCUAAGAUUAUUGCCAAUCUUGUUGACGAACACAGUAUGGAAGGUGGCCAGGAAGACGAAGGCACGGAACCAAACGGUGUUCCUCCUGUCGAAUGA